UUGCUUCUUAUUAGACAAGAGUUAACUCAGAUAUUAUCGAUAUCUAUCCGACGAUUCAAAAAAUCUUUACAAAACGAAUAAAAAUUUCUACGUGAAAAUAAUUUAAAAAAGUUAUUGGUAAUAUUUAACCAUUUAUUAGACAUGGAUUUCUUCGCUAAUCCCUUCCAAGGGUUACUCAUGACCGCUACAAAUUCAGGUGGUCCUUUUGAAGUAGUUGAUGAUUUCGAUUAUAAUUCACAACCCAACAAUAAUUUUGCUGACUCAUAUGUAGGUUUUAAACAACGUGACUACGUACAAUUGCCGGGUGAAUUAGUAGACGCACGAAGUGUUGCUAAGAAAGAAUUUGUGUUUAAAAGCAAUGAAAGUGUCCGUGAAAGGUCAAUCCAAGAAGAACAAAAACAACAACUACAACAAGAACUGAAGGCGGCUUUACAUGACAUCAACGUAAAUGCCAUCGAUGAUCGACAGUCAGUUUCUUCGAUGGAUACUCUUCAAACAUACCAACAAAAUGUUGAUGAUGAUGAAAUUUUAGAAACACCAGAAGAUCAGUCCUACACGCCGUCGCUAGUGUCGACUGCUUUUGAUGACACGGAAAAUGAUGAAUCCAAUGAUGUAUUUAAAAAGCCAUUUAGUAAUUCGAAGAGAAGUAAAAGAAGCAAUAAAAACUCUACAGCUGAUAAAAGUGAUACAUUCUCUCAAAUGUCUGACGAUAAAACAUUGUAUUCAAAUGAAGGAUCAGACAUUCGUGACAAUGAAUCAGAUACUAACUCAGUUGCUAACACUGAAAAUUACAUGAAAUAUUUGGGCCGUACAUAAUAAAUUAAUAAAGAGGAGGUAUAUAUAUAUAUACAUAUAUAUAUAUAUA